GAUGCGGCGAGGCGCCUCGUUCAGUGCAUUGAUAGCGACCGGUCUGCCCUUGUGGCUUACACCUCAGCUGGUAUGGCGUACCCAAGUGCACGCGUAUAUUCCAAGUUUUUGGCACAAAGCCUAAGCUGCAGAGUACGUUUUCUGCAUACGUCCCCUUUAGCAUGGGCUGCACAAAAGGUUGCGAUCAGCAGGUUCGAACAGGAGAACUACCUUCCCUACGACAAGCUGGUGGGUAACCUGGAAGUAGUUCGUAAAAGGUUGAAGAGGCCGCUGACACUGUCAGAAAAGAUCCUGUAUUCACACCUGGACCAGCCUGAGUCCCAGGACAUAGAGAGGGGAAAGAGCUACCUGAGGCUGCGUCCCGACAGGGUGGCUAUGCAAGAUGCUACAGCACAGAUGGCAAUGCUGCAGUUCAUCUCAAGUGGACUUAAAAAGGUGGCUGUUCCUUCCACAAUUCACUGUGACCAUUUGAUUGAGGCUCAAGUGGGUGGAACGAAGGAUCUGGCCAGGGCUAAGGAUUUGAACAAAGAAGUCUACGGCUUCCUGAGCACAGCAGGUAGCAAAUAUGGUGUAGGAUUUUGGAAACCAGGCAGCGGUAUCAUUCAUCAGAUUAUCCUGGAGAACUAUGCCUUUCCGGGAGUACUGCUCAUUGGCACUGACAGCCACACACCAAAUGGAGGAGGUCUGGGCGGCCUGUGCAUCGGCGUUGGAGGAGCAGAUGCUGUCGAUGUCAUGGCAGACAUCCCCUGGGAACUCAAGUGCCCGAAUGUCAUUGGAGUUAAACUCACGGGAAACAUGUCAGGCUGGACCUCAGCUAAGGAUGUCAUCCUGAAGGUUGCUGGCAUAUUGACAGUGAAAGGUGGCACUGGGGCUAUUGUGGAGUACUUUGGUCCUGGUGUGGAGUCAAUUUCAUGCACGGGGAUGGGCACUAUCUGCAACAUGGGAGCCGAAAUUGGUGCCACAACUUCAGUGUUUCCAUACAACAGUCGCAUGAAGGAUUAUCUCGUUGCAACAAACCGCAAAGAGAUUGCGGAGUCAGCUGACCAGUACAGAGAUCUCUUGACCCCUGACAAGGACUGCAAAUACGAUCAAGUUGUGGAAAUUGACCUGAACCAGCUGGAGCCUCAUGUGAAUGGUCCAUUCACCCCUGACCUGGCUCACCCCAUUUCACAACUUGGAAAGAAGGCCAAGGAAGCAGGGUGGCCAAUUGACAUUCGUGUAGGCCUUAUUGGCAGCUGCACCAACAGCAGCUACGAGGACAUGAGCCGCGCCGCAUACCUGGCCAAGCAGGCUCUGGACCAUGGCCUCAAGUCCAAGUGUACCUUCACAGUGACUCCAGGCUCCGAACAAAUCCGCGCCACAAUUGAAAGAGAUGGACAGGCUAAAGUGUUUGCAGACUUUGGUGGAAUGGUUCUAGCAAAUGCCUGUGGUCCCUGCAUUGGCCAGUGGGACAGGAAGGACAUCAAGAAAGGAGACAAGAACACAAUUGUGACGUCUUACAACCGAAACUUCACAAGCCGGAAUGACGGAAACCCCGCAACACACGCUUUUGUCACCUCUCCCGAGCUCGUGACAGCCCUCUCCAUUGCCGGACGCCUCGACUUUGACCCAAUGAAAGACGAGCUGACCGGUGCAGACGGCAAGAAGUUUAAACUGGAGAGCCCACGGGGAGAUGAGCUUCCGACAAAGGGCUUUGAUCCUGGAGAGGACACCUACCAGGCCCCUCCCAAGGAUGGUAGUUCAAUAGCUGUUGAUGUCGAUGACAAAAGCCAGAGGCUACAGCUGCUCAAACCCUUUGACAAGUGGGACGGAAAGGACCUCACUGACAUGGUUAUCCUUGUUAAGGUGAAAGGAAAGUGCACCACGGACCACAUUAGUGCAGCAGGGCCGUGGCUGAAGUACCGUGGCCACUUGGACAACAUCUCCAACAACAUGUUCAUCGGAGCUAUCCCAGAAGAGAGUGGAGAAGCCAAUAAAGUGCAGCAUAGGGUGACUGGCGAGUGGGGUACAGUGCCUGACACGGCACGUAAAUACAAGGCUGAAGGAACCAAGUGGUGUGCAAUUGGGGACGAGAACUACGGAGAGGGCAGUAGUCGGGAGCACGCAGCCUUGGAGCCGAGGCAUCUGGGAGGACGUGCCAUUAUUGUCAAGAGCUUCGCUCGCAUUCAUGAAACAAACUUGAAGAAACAAGGUCUGCUGCCGCUGACAUUCCAGAACGCAGCCGACUACGAUAAGAUCAAGUCGGACGACCGUGUUUCUCUCCUCGGGCUGAAGGACCUCGCCCCAGGGAAGCCCGUCAAGUGUGAGGUGAAGCACAAGGAUGGCUCCAAGGACACCUUCCUUCUCAAUCACACGAUGAAUGCCACGCAGAUUGAAUGGUUCCGUGCAGGCAGUGCUCUGAACCGUAUGGCAGAAGUUAAGUAGGAUGCGUUUUGUUGCAUCUUCAGUCACCUAUGGUAGCUUAGGAAGCAACCUGUAUUUAUAAAUGAAAGGAACAAGUGGAGACUGUUUAUUUACAGCUAGUAAAAAUCAUCUUCAUCCAGUCUGUCUUUCUCAGAUGUUUUCUGGUUUUUCACCUGAUCCUGGUUUUUGUAGAGUUCAGCAACCUGAAAUGCAAUAAAAGUUUGCUUGAAGAUUGUGAA